AUGGCUGACGCUGCGAAGAACGCUCUCUCUUCCAUCUUCGACAAGACCAAGGACGUACUGUCCACGGCUGCUGAUGCCACGAAGGGAUAUGCUUCGCAGGCCCAGCAAGCUAUUGGAAAGAUCAUUCCAGGAGCUAACCAUGAGUCGGACCCGAACGCUGCCGUCGCCGCUGCUCAAGCCGCGUCUGGACAACCAGGAGACGUCAACGUGGGCGGUGUCCCACCAGCUCAAUAG